UUUCAAGCUGCCGCGCCGGUCUUAAUUUCCGAUCGUCCCGCUUCCCGCAUCAUAGACUUGUGUUUGCCGACUAGUCUUACGUACAACGAUCAUUAAGUCUGUUGUCGUGUCAAAUUCUCGUCAACACUUUCGGUUAUUAUCUCGACUAUACCUCUAGUACAGACCGUCCACGCAAUGGCCAACCCGAAAGUAUUUUUCGACAUGACCGUCGACGGACAACCGGCCGGCAGAAUCGUCAUCGAAUUACGAAAAGACGUUGUGCCAAAAACUGCUGAGAAUUUCCGUGCUUUGUGCACUGGUGAAAAAGGUUAUGGUAAUAAAGGUAGCGUUUUCCACCGUGUCAUCCCCAACUUCAUGUGCCAAGGUGGUGACUUUACUAAUCAUAAUGGCACUGGAGGCAAAUCCAUUUACGGUGCCAAGUUUGGUGAUGAAAACUUUACCCUUAAACAUACUGGACCAGGUAUUUUAUCGAUGGCUAAUGCUGGUCCAAAUACUAAUGGUAGUCAGUUUUUCAUCACUACAGUCAAGACUACAUGGUUAGAUGGUAAACAUGUUGUUUUUGGAUCUGUUACCGAGGGUAUGGAUGUUGUAAAAAAAUUAGAGAGCUAUGGAACUGAUACAGGAGAGACCAAAAAGAAAGUUGUUGUAGCUAAUUGUGGAGAACUUUAAGCAUUUUUUUUACAAACAUUCUGUUACUAACAUUUUCAUUAAAAAAUAUGCUGAAUUUUA